AUGCCGCCGCCGGCUUACGAGUUUCGAGGUGGUAACCAGCGGUCGUCGCAUCAGCCCAAGCAUGAAUUCACUUUUCGCUAUCAGCGCCCCGGGACGUCAGAAAGGCCACUCUUGAGAUCGCGGAGAGAGACGACACCAGAGCUGCUGGUCGGUCCUGAAUCAGAACAUGCGAAACCGGGGAUGAAGUUUGCGCGAAUCGAGAACCUUAGCGAUAGCGAGGAAGCCGAGAUGGACGUGUCGUCGGACGAGAACGAAGACGAAGACGGAGAGUCCCGCCCACGCAAGAAACGCGCAGUCGAAAGCAACAACACGCCUGUACCGGAUACCGCCGCCGAGUCGAAGCCGAAGUGGUCGAACCCGGAUCCUUACACGGCACUACCUCCUCCGGAUGAGACCCAGAAUAAAAAGGUGGACGUGGUGAAACUUAUUCGAAAGGCUCGACUCGCGGCUAGCGAGAAGCCCGCGAAGACAGAUGCUGUGGUUUCGAACGAGGACUUCAUUUCUCUAGCUGGGUUGGUGGAUGAGAAUGAAACGAGUAAUCCACCGGAGAACGCGCCAACGGGCCCAAAGCGCCAUCUUCAAGGAAACGACCCAGCUCUUGGGAAUCGGAAGAGGACCUAUGAUGAUGAGAUAAAGGGGCCAGGUAAGCCUGGCGGAAAGUUGGCGAGUAGGUACUACAAAGACGGCUCCAUUAUAGAUGAAUGGAAAUUGCGGCCUUCUGAGACUGGGACUCCUUGGUUAAAUCUUAUGCCACCGACCCUGCAUCUAGGAUCAAGGCUUCAUGACGAGAUUUUGAGCUUUUACCAUUGGGUAAAGCCUGUGCAGUACGAGCAAGUCGUGCGAGAGGACUUGGUGGCGAGACUACAGGCUACGUUUCAAAGCCGCUAUUACGGAGUGGAAGUUCAUGCCUUUGGUUCGUUCGCGUCCGGGCUGUAUCUGCCCAAUGCCGACAUAGACCUUGUCCUUCUCUCUACCAAUUUCAGGCGCACCGGCGUCAAGACGUUCGGUGAGAGAAAAGGGCAGAUCUAUGCUUUCUCUGCUUUCGUUAAGAACCAGGAUAUAGCUGUUCCUGGCUCUGUUGAAACCAUCGCUCAUGCGCGUGUUCCAAUUUUGAAAUUCGUGGAUAAGUUGACCGGGCUCAAGGUGGAUCUUUCGUUUGAUAACGACAGUGGGCUUAUUGCGAACAGAACGUUCCAGGUGUGGAGACAAGAAUAUCCCGCAAUGCCUGUUAUCGUGUCAGUGAUUAAACAAUUUCUUCUUCUUAGGGGCCUCAACGAGGUUCCUACUGGUGGUCUGGGAGGCUUUUCUAUCACUUGUCUCGUCACCAGUCUUCUUCAACAUAUGCCCCACAGCAAUCUGUCGCCAAACUUAGGGAGCGUCCUCAUGGAUUUCUUCCAGUUCUAUGGAAGCAACUUUGACUACGAAACCGUGGGGAUUCGUAUGAACCCCCCUGGAUACUUCAAUAAGAGAGUCUAUGGGGUGUACAAGGCAAACAACGGUCCUCGUCUUUCUAUUGAGGACCCGAACAACCCGGAUAAUGAUAUAUCUGGCGGCACUCGUGAAAUUGGGUUGAUUUUCAAGUCAUUUGCAGAGGCAUUCCGACUACUCAAGGACCGUAUGGUGUCCGCAGCCACGACUGGAGAGAUUACUGAAAGCAUCUUGGGUACAAUAAUUGCAGCAAAUUUUGAUGAAUACACAGAACUCCGUUGGCAGUUGCGUGAGGUGUUCGAGACGGACCCCAGAUUUGCUCAAUACCGACGGUCUCCGUCGCCUCCCCCUCCGCCACCUUAUAGCCCUCCACCACCAACAAAUGCGGCUCCACCCCCACCACCUCCCUCAUCGAAACCUUCUCGUCCUCUCCCGGCGAAACCGCCGGCUGGCGGUAAAAAGGCUAAAGACUCAAAGGCCAAGGAAUCCAAAGAAUCCAAAGAAAAGUUGACAAAGCUUCAGAAAAAGAAGCUAGCAUCAAAAGACCGAGCUUCUCGUUUGAAGCGGUUACGUCCUGAUAUACCGAAAGUCCCAACUUCCAUCAGUAAUGAGGAGGCAAUCAAGCUCGGCGGUUACAAGACGCAGUCUGAAAUGGACAAGGACCUUAUCAUGCGCGAGAAAGGAAUACCCGUUGCUGGCUAG